AUGAAGACCUCCGUGGACGCUGAGCUACCGAACGAAAUGAUUCUUCGUAUCUUUCAAUACCUGGACCUUCAAGGACUCAUCACAGCGCGCCUCGUGAACCAGCGAUGGAGAGGUCUUGUGCCCUUCGCAGAAAUAGAGGAGGCACGGAAGACAAUGCUCGAUUUUUACAUGGACCUGUCGGUAUCUCCUACCUUUCAUAGAACGAGGGAAUGGGUCAAGAAAAAUCGGAAGUCCUUCAACCGCGAAACAUAUAUUUUAAAAUUGGUGGCCCAAUAUCCGUCGCUUCCAGAAGAAUAUCGAUUGUGGGUGCUCGAGUGGCCGGAAAUAGCUGUUAUUGGAGGAGUUUGGCCGGGUCUUGCACGAAGAGCAUAUCUCAAGGAACAUGCGGAUGGUGUCAACAUACGUCCAGGAACCAAUUGGUUAAGCUAUCCCCAAGUUAGUACGAUGGCGUAUGCGGACUUUCACAACCAAACCAUAGAAGCUAUUCCUGGGAUUCUGAUAUGGAGCCAGCCAGACUAUUUGACGUGGCUUAUAGUGGACGAACGGAAACAUUUGAACGGAAAGUUAUUUCACUCUGGUAUAACAGAGUACCGCCACUUGCUAGAGGGUUCUUUGGGCGAAAACAAACUGCAGCACCCCUAUGAUAGGUUGACGCCGUCUUGGAUAGCCUAUCUCAGAGAGCUUUGGAAAGCCAUUGAAGAAGCGGAUAAAGGGCUUAAUCUGGCCUCGGCACCGAACAAAUGUGGCGUCAACGGAACUGAAGCAGCCACCCCAAUUCCUUUUGUGAUUCCAGAAGUGCAGCAUCUUGCAGGAAUCGCAUGGAAACGACGGAAUUCCUCUGAGACAACAACCUGGAUGUCGGGAAUACGAGCGACCCACUCAUUUGACCGCGAAGAGUAA